AUGGAAGGACUCUCGAUCUCUGCGAUGAGCGUCGGUCGCCGGGCCCUCUCGUCCCAAGGGCCCGCCCUCGCACGGAGGUAUCAAGGCGCUCCGCUCAAGACCAAGCCAGGCUCACUGGACCGUAGCAACUCGUUGCGUUCGAGCCGCCAGCUCGAAGCUUCCAAGUACAAGCUUGCGGAAGGCUGCUGCCUGAGCGAUGACAACAACGAGGCCGACGAGCACAAGUACCCUGAGCCGACGCGCAUGUACCGACCGAAAGAGUGGACGCCCGAGGUCGAGGAAGCGUUUCGCAUCCAGCAGACAGGGUGGCGGGACAUUAGCGACUACCGGGCCAAGUACGGCGAGCCCGAGCGCUGGGAAAACGGCUUCAUUCGGUGUACGCGCGUCAAGGCGAGUGGCUACUACACCUACUGGCGCCAGUUUCGCGAGUGCGACGACAAGUACCUCAACAAGGUCAAGGUGUACGAGUACAACUAGCUUUGCCUUGUGUAUAAAAUGCUUUAUUCCUC